AUGGCUCCGUUUGGAAUUCCAAACUUCUACGACCGUGUCGGUCAUCCGCCGCAGAACUACACUCAACAGCCCAAAAAAACCGGAGGAGGAUUUCCCGUACCUGGCAAGCAGGAUCCGAGUGCCUCUUGGGUGAUGACCAACCAUUAUUUCGUCAGUCAUGAGAAGUGGCCCACGAUUGUCAAAGAUGAAGAAUUCGACUACAUUGUGGUCGGAUCCGGUUGCACCGCUCUCGCCUUCAUCUCCGAGACUCUGCGGAUCGACCCAAAGAAGCGUAUUCUGUGCCUAGAACGAGGUGACUUUUGGCUGCCGAGCCACUUCCAAAACCUUCCGCUUCCAUUCAAGGUGGUGCUUGGGGGAGUCUCUGAGACGUUCCCUUGGACCUUGUCGGAGAAAACAUUCAAAGACCCUCUGUUGGGAUACUGCCAUGGCUCCUGCCCCUUCUUCGGCGGCAGAUCGGCCUUCUGGUCUGCCUGGUCGCCGCAACCCAGGAUCGAGGACAUGAGAGGCUUUCCUGAGUCCAUGAUCAAAGCCACCCAGGAAGCCAUAUUCUGGCCCGAGGCGAAGCGCCUCCUAAAUGUCACCAGUGCCAGCGAUGUGGACGAUACCAUCUUCGCAGGUCUUCAGGAUGUGAUUGACGAAAGGCUUCGUGAACCGGGCGACCGAAUCCCGACCACAACAGUCAGCGAACCUGCCCAGCUUUCUGUUGGCCGUCGCAGCCCAACGUCAACGCUUCGCUUCAACAAAUUCUCGGUACCUGGACCCCUUCUUCGCAUCAAAGAGGAACAGGCGGCAAAGGAGAAGGAGGGGACCGGCGCACGUCUUGAUAUUGCGCUCGGGUGUGUUGUGGAAAAGCUGAGAGCCGAUGGCGGUAUGGUUCGCUCAAUUGAGACGAGCCUUGGGCCAAUCUCAUGGGCCAACGACAACACUAAAGUCGUACUCUGCGCUGGUGCGUUCCCAGCCGCCACACUGCUGCUGAACAGCUUCGACAGCUGCGCCAAAACAGUGGGAAAGCGAGUGACGGGCCACUUCCAGACUCACAUAACCGCCAGGGUGCCGCUUUCCACCUUCGGGCCAUGGUCGCCGGCCAUCGGGAAGUCGGACCAGCCCUGCAAGCUCGAGAUCGCGGCGCACUACCUCGCAGGCGAGGACGCGGACACCAAACAGCAGUACCACGUGCAGGUCACGGCCAUCCACAGCCCGAACCCGACGGAGGACGCGGAAGACGCGGCGCGCGAAUGCCCCGACUACGCCGCCGCUGCCACGGAAGAGCAGCUGCGUGACUCGACCGAGCACGUCGUCUUCGUGUGCGCCACGCUCGGCGAGUUCUCCGAGCACAAUCCGCACAGCUGGUUCCGGCGCGACGAGCAGAACCAAGACGUCACGACCAACGUGAAGCUGCAGUACACGCUCACCGACGCCGACAGGAAGCUGUGGGACCUGAUGGACGAGGCGACAUACCAGACGAUUGAGGCGAUGUCGGGUCCCGCGCCGAAAGGAAAAGAUCUGGGGCUGGAGUACUGGCAUGAUGGUCCGACCGGUGGUUCUGGUUUCUGGUCCAGGGAGCGCCCGGAGAACGUUCGCGUUCCUGGAAUCGUGCAUGAAGCGAGCACGGCGUUUGUGGGCGGCGAGGAGGCAGGGGGCUCGGUCGACGCGCUUGGAAGACCGCAUGGCGUCCAGAACGUGUUCGUGACGGGAGGCGCCUUGUUCCCGACGGCUGGGAGCUGGAAUCCCACCUUGACCAUGUGUGGUUUCGCGCAGCACCUGGCGAGGGAGCUUAACGCGUACACCGUUACGUAG